CUCUGAUUGGCUCUCGUUUAAUGUUUACGGAUGUGCAUCAGCGCAGCACCGCAGCAGCAAGUUGUGGAGCUCUCCCUGAAUCUACAGCUAUCAUGCAGACAGAUGACAGCGUUUCAUCUCUGAAAAAGGAUUUACUGAAACCUCCUGGGUCAUUUCGUGUACUUGUUGGCGUAACAGGAAGCGUCGCAGCAUUGAAACUGCCUGCUUUGGUCUCCGAGCUUCUCCAGCUCCCUGGGGUGGAUGUAAGGGUGGUCACCACAGAGCAUGCUAAACACUUCUACAACCCUGCAGAGGUGUCAGUAAACAUCUACAGUGACAAAGAUGAGUGGGAGUUUUGGACACAGAGAUCAGAUCCUGUGCUACACAUUGAGCUAAGGCGAUGGGCUGACCUCCUGAUCAUUGCUCCACUUGAUGCCAACACUCUUGGAAAGAUUGCUUCUGGUAUUUGUGACAAUCUACUGACAUGUGUAGUACGGGCCUGGGACAUUGGUCGGCCUCUUCUGUUCUGCCCUGCUAUGAAUACAGCGAUGUGGCAGCAUCCCAUCACAGCCCAGCAGGUAUCCAGGCUGAAAGAGUUUGGAUAUGUGGAAGUCCCCUGCAUUUCUAAGAAGCUAGUCUGUGGAGAUGAUGGUAAAGGUGCCAUGGCAGAAGUGUCCACCAUUGUCAGCGCUGUCAAACACUAUCUCCCAGAUGUGUCGCCAGUCUCCUCACAAUAAUCUAAAAUAAAAUAAAGCCAAUGGCUAUAGUCUUUACACUUGUGUCCAAAAGAUCCAGUUAACUCACAGUAAACUCAAAACAAC